ACGGCUGUUGGUGCGCGCUAGGCUGGUUGUGUUGAGACCUUGGCCGAAGAAGGAAGCUGCGAAGGCGGAGGGCGAUGCCGGUGACGCCAAGGGCGAUGCUGGUGAUGCCAAGGGCGAUGCGAUCAGGAUCAUUCGGGCUGUCCUGGAGAAGUACGGGACCUACGAGAGCUUCGAAGUCGCCACGGGCGGGAGGCUGCUGAGCAAGUGCCAGAUCUGGUCCGUGAUCCGAAAGUACAUGCAGAAGGAAGGCUGCGUGGGAGAGGUGGUGGUGCAGCUCACUGACGACCUCCUGUCCCAGGCGGUGAUGAUGGUGGAGGAGCCCGGCAGCACUGUGUGGCGGCCCGCCCUCCUCUCCUCCCCCAUCGAGCGGGCCAGCCGCCUUUCCUUCUCCGCCCUUUUCCAGGACCUGGAGCAGUAUGUCCAGGACGCCGGCGUCCGGUGGGAGUACUGCGUGCGGGCGAAGCGGGGCCAGACCGACACCUCGCAGCCAGGCUGCUUCAGUAAGGACCAGGUCUACCUGGACGGAAUUCUCCGCAUCCUGCGCCAUCGGCAGACCAUCGACUUCCCGCUGCUGGCUGCGCUUGGAAAGGUCUCCUACGAGGAUGUAAAUAGACUGAAGAAAUUUGGGGUCCUGGAGAAAGCCCGCAUCCCCCAUUUCAUGCAGGACCUGGAGCGGUACAUGAAGCAGCUAGACCACAUCGUCACCACCAAUGGCCUGAACGAGGAGGAGCUGGAGCAGCUGCUGCCCGACUGA